AUGAAUUUUGGACAUAAUAGCCGAGGAACGAAUAGGAACCCACGGGCGACUGCCGAUACCGUUUGCCAAAAAUGCUUACAACGGGGCCACUUUAUCUACGAAUGCAAGUCGACUCAGCCGUACAAAUCCCGGCCUUCUCGGUCCCAGUUAUUGGAGAAACCAGAGCUAGCGAGGAAGAGAGGAGACAAACCAAGCGUAGAAGUUCCAGAGGAAUUCAAGAAGCGAGCCGGUGUUGCGAACAAAAUUCUGGAGGAAAAAGAGAAAGAUAGAGAGGCGAAGCGCAAGCGGUCUGCUUCUCCCUCAUCUUCAAGCUCCAGCUCCAGCUCGUCUGGCUCUGAAUCUGAAUCUGAUUCAGGCUCUGACUCUGACUCUGAUUCGGGCUCUUCUCGUUCGGGCUCUGAUUCUGAUUCCGACUCGAACUCCAGUUCAGCUUCAAGCAGAGGUGUCAAGCGACGUAAACGCACGCGCCGGACACGGAGCCCGAGCCCUGAUGUGACCACUAAAGGGAAGAGGAGGGCACGCUCGGCCUCGAGCGAUAGCCGUGAAAGUCGAUAA